GGAUGGGGAUGGCAGUAGGGAGCCCUGGCUGCUGCCAGCUGGGAGUGGCUUGCUGGGCUGGCAAUGCAGCGUCAGAGCACAGGAUGCUAAAAAUAGAGCCCGACGUGAUCAGAGCAUGCUGAGCCCCUGCGUUCUGCUCCUCCCCUCCUCCCGUUCUCACUUGCUGAGCUUUGAAGAGGAAAACGUCCCCUUCCUGCAGUGCUUUGGGCUGUGCUGGGGGAUUUUGACUCAGAAGCAAAGGGGGAUUCUUCUGUAUUUCGAGGGCAGAAGGGAGGGCCAAGGGGUCUGUAGGGGAAUGGGAUUGGCUGCGGUCUGGAAGAACCCAGAACAGUACAGCAGUAAUGUUGAGAACAAUAAAUCAGAAAGCAGAGAGUCAGAGGGACUGGGGACCUGUGUCCCUGCUGUGUCCUUGCUGGAAGAAGCUUCCUUUCCCUGUGGGAAGAUGGUCAGUGUCUGACACCACAGCCUGAAACAAAGUCCAUCCCAUUCAGCUCCUUGGUGUGGAUCCCUCCAGGAGAUGGGCAUGGAUGCAGUACAGCUCUAGAGGAUACUAUGGUGAAAGUGUGUGUGGGGACAGUUUAGUUCUUCCAUCCCAUCCUGCUGACAGCUGUUCCCACCCCAUGCCCUUGCCCCUGCCACCUGAGCUCCAUAGGACUCCCUGUUCUCCAGCACAUCUCCUAUGGUUCUGUUUGUUGUUGCUUCUGUGUGCGUGUAGAUGCCUUAAGCACGUGUUUUGCCCGGUGCAGGUGUCACUCAGCUGCCUGUGCAAUCUGGGGAAAACAAACAAGAUGUGGCAACUUUUGGAGCAGAAAGUGAACGCAGCCCGCUGUGACCUGCUCUUCACUGAGGACAUCAAUCGAAGGAUGCAGGUCCCCAACAGACUCACUGUGGCAAAUAGCUUCAGCCCUGUGGAUGAGGAGCCCAUGCCUGAAGGUGUACCCCCUUCCUUUCCAACACACAUCCCUGUUAGGAUUUCACUUGCAGCAUCAGAUGCAGAUCUGAGACCCAUCCUGCUGGACCAGCAGAGGAAUGUCCCCUGCACUGAGGUGUGCGUGUCCCUAGACUCCUCGGCUCAGCACUUUGCACUGGGGGAGCUUCCUUUUAUGCACAUGGCUGGCAGAUCAAGUGCCCAGAAUCGCAGACGACUGGGCCACCACAGCAGCAGGUCACGGCGGCAGAGCCAGCACAGCAGUGGAUCACGGCGGUCCCCAAGUGACAGCACCCAGCUGGCCUUGCCCAGCCCAGCCCUGCACCAUGAGCGGCUGGAUACCUGCCCCCCACCAGCUCACAGUGCUCCACUUCCCCUCCUUGCCAGGACGGGCAGGAUCUAUUCCAUGCAGAACAUCUUCCAGACCAUGUACCUGCUGGGCCAGGUGCUCUUCCACCGUUUCCAGAACUCUCUGCGAGACCCAGUGCCAUCCAGCUCCCAGGAGGUUGGCGCAGCCCCAGAGGAGGUCAUCGUGGCUGAGGCUGCAGCAAUGAAAAAGGAGCUGGCAAGGAUCUCGGAGCGGCUGUGUGUGCUGGAGGAGCAGCACAAGGCUUGGCGGAAAGAGGAGCCCCUGGUGUACUCCAUGCUGCUCUCUGCCUGCCUCGUCAACACCUGGCUCUGGCUGUGGAGAUGACUCUGUGCCUUGGGCUCCCUGACCCACCCUGGGUGAGAGCAGAGAAAGGAUCCUUGCUCACUUAUUGUGGAUGGUAAAACUGUGUGUUUCUUCUGAACUUGACCUGCUUCUUGGUAUCCUUUAGGAUCUGAGGUGGAACCAUAAAGCUGGACUUGGUGCCACAGCAGCUGGAGAUGGAUGACAGGGAGUGGUGGGGUGGGACAGAGAGCAUGGUCCAGUGUGCACAGUCCCAGGGCUGGGCUGUGUUUGGUGUGUGGUAGCAACUAUGUGGCAUGUUUGAUGGGGUCAAUUGUCACAUGGGAAGCUGCUGUGGAAAACCCAAGCCUCAUAAGAAAUUUGUGAAUGACACAGGAGGUAUUUGUCCUGCAUAGAUCAAUGGGAGAGCCUCUGCCCCUUGGGCUGUGUAUUGGAGGAGGCACAAAGCCAAGUGUUAGGUUUCUGUGGACAUCAGGUCCUGUUACAAUCUUAGGCCAUGUUGAACUGGUCCCCUCCUGUGUCACAGCUUGGAUAACUUAGUUCUGCCUCCAUAAAAUUUCUCAGCCAAUUCAUAGAACCGCAGAAUGGCUUGGAUUGGAGGGGAACUUUCAGCCCACCCAGUCCCAGCCCCUGCCAUGGGCUGGCUGCUCCCAAACAGCUCAGGCUGCCCCCCCCAUCCCACCUGGCCUUGAGCACCUCCAGGGAUGGGCACCCACAGAUCUCUGGGCAUCAGCACCAGUUGCUGUGGUCCCUUCUUCAACUUCUACCCCAAAAGCUUGUGCAGAGUGUUUGGGUGUUUUUGAACUGCUGCUAGGUUUUCUUUGUUUCCCUGAGCAACUGUGUGAGUUGUCCUGUGCCAGGGCAGCCCCUGCUCCAGGAGAGGGGUGGGCCUGGAGGAGCCAGGGGCUGCCAUCUGCAGGGGAGUUGGACCAAAUGACCUUUAAAGGUCCCUUCCAACUCAAACAAUUCUAUGAUUCUAUGGUCUCUGCUGUGGCACCACCUCCUCGGCUCCUGUUGUGCUGGAGGCUCUCAGCAGUGGUUUUGCAAGCACUCGGAUCCCAGGUGGCUAUAAGAGCACUGCUGAGUUCUGGACUCUGGACUUAUCCAGGAGCUUGGCUUUUUCCCAGAGAGAUGUACAUGGGAAACCUCCCCAGGGUAAUUGUAAGACCUUGUAAUAACAGCGCAGGCAGCAGACAGGCCAUGGACAGUUGCCCAUUUGGGCAGCAGUGGUUAUCUGUGAGAUUGCCAGUGCCAGAGGGCAGGAUCACUCCCAGUCUGCUGCCAAGUUGUAACUUCAGCAUGGUACAACAGCACAGGUGAGGGGAAUCCUUGGCUCAGGUGCCAAAAACCAAGCCCAGUUCAACAGCUCUGCUGUUUCUUUCCUUCCUUGAUGUUUAGGAACACUUGGAUUCACAGUGAACUGUGGUUCAUCCAACACAUCUGCUAGAGUGGUGCCUGCAGGCCUGGGGCAGGUGUUGGCAAUAGGACUUCUCUGUCCCACCUAUAAAUGAUUGUAGCUGGAUCUGCAAAUCACCCAGAUGUCUCAAUGGCUUAUUUACAGACAUGGAUGCUUAGCUGUUCCCUGCCUGCUGCUGCAUCAAGUCUGCAUGGCUGUAAAUCUGGCAGCUGGACAUUUACUAAUAAAUAACUGUCCCACAAGUAAUUGCAGGUCUGAACCUGUGGCUGAUGUCUGGGUUGAGGAACAGCACUGGGAUUUACUGCAGGUGAGAGCAGGAAGGGGGUCUGUGGUGCUGUGUUUAAGGGAUGGCAGCAGGGCUCCUGGCAUGGCUCAGGGAUGUGGACAGGCUGGAAAUACAUGGAAGUGAGGUGAUCAGAUGGGAUGUGUUCCUGAAGGCUAAUUAUUGGCAGUUUGUAUUGGGUAGAAGGUGAUUUUUUUGUCCUGGUUUCAGCUGGGACAGAGUUGCAUUUUUUCUUCAUAGUGCCUGGUAUGGUGCUGCAUUUUGGCUUUGGGCUGAUAACACACCGAUGUUUGGCUGUUGCUGAGCAGUGCUGCAACUACCAAGGACCUUUCAGUCUUCAGCUUCUGGCACUGUGCUGCCAGUGAGGGGCUGGGGAGGCACAGGGAGAUGGGAGGGGAUGAAGCAAGGACUGCUGACCACAGGGGUGUUCCAUACCACAUGGCAUCAUGUGGAAAGCCUUGGCAGUGGUGGGGAGCUGGUGGAGCAGCUGCUGCUUGGGGACUGGUGGGCAUUGGUAGGUGGGUGGUCUGCAAUUACAUUGUGCAUCACUUACUUUGUAAAUAUAUGUUAUUAUCAUUACUGCUUUCCUUUUUCUUCCUUUUCUGUCUUAGUAAAUAUCUUUAACCUCCACCUAUGAGUUCUUUGUUUUCUUUUCCCUGAUUCUCUCCCCCCUCCCACUGGGGGGAGGUUUGAGCAAAGGGCUGUGUGGUGCUGAGCUGCUGCUGGGUCAAAUCCCAGCCCUGUGCCUGAGGCUCAAGUCCUUCUUUAAAUCUAGAAACACUGACCCAUGAAGUGCAUGUUUUAAUAAACCCUAUGUGUGCUGGAUGUGUCUUCUGUGCCACCUAAUCCUGGUUUGGGGUGGCUGAGGUUUUCCCCCUUGGCAGCAGGACGCUGCCCCGCUCUUUGGUGCAUCUGCAGUGCAUCUGCAGAUUUCCUCCUUUGUUGUCCCAGGCAGGUACAUGUGGGAGAGCUGCCUGUCCCCUGGGAAGGCUGCCACAACAACGUGCUUAGAAUAAGAGGCAGCUCGUGCAAUCUGGCACUGGAGGGAGGUGUGUGGUGUGCACCAAAGGGACAGAAGCAGUGAGGCUCCUGGAACUCUCACAUUUUUGGAGGGGGCUGCGGGCAGGGAGCAAAAGAGGUGGGAAGGGAGACAAGCUGCUGCCACUGCUUCUAGCCUGUUGCUGGUUCUGUGGCAUGGGGACAAGGGGAGGUGGUGUGUCCCUCCAGUGCUGCUAACCGAGGCUGCAGAAGUUCCACAUCUAUUCAAGCUCACUGCUGCCAAGAUUUUCAGUGAGGUGGGGAAUGAAGCUUGGUGAAGAAAAGGUGAAGUUUUGGUGCUGAAUGGACCCUGGAUGCUGGUGCUCUCAGAUCACACUUGCACGAUGUGCUUGAAUCUGUGCCCAUGGAAAGGACUGACCCAGCUUCAGUCACUGCACGCAUUUGGAUGUGAGUAGGAAAGAAUGAAAGUUAACCCCUUCCUUAUUGUCUUGGGGUUGCAAGUGUUCUGCCAGCUGAUUGUCAGAGUGGGUCUGUGUGCAAAACAACAAGGAAGACACCAGUGACAGGCUCAAUUCAAGAUCAUCAUCAAACUCUGCAGCUCUAUUCUCUGGGAUUCCUGAGAAGCAAAUGUGGCUUCCUGCUGCCUGAGAAACAGGUAACUGGAUGGAGGGGAGGGAGGGCCGGAGGGGAAGAAGGGGAUGCAUGGGAGGGAGCAGUGUCCCUCCUCCCUUUGAUCCCUGGGUACAAAGCUGCUGUGGCUGACUACUCUGACGCACACUAUGCUGUCUGGGGCAUUGAGGGAGCCCAGGGGCUGGGAGUGUGCUGCAGUGAGGGGGGACACACACUGUGCAUCGCCUGUCCUGGAUGCUGUGGGGACCCCUCACACGCAGGCUGUGGUGUUUGCUGAGGCUGCUAUGAGGAGAUGCCCCCUGCCAACUCCUGCUAGCUUGCUGGAGGCCUCAAGGGACGUCAGACUUGUAAGUAGGCAGUGUUGGCAUCUUGGUAGUGGCUCUGUCACUGUGGGGAGGUGGCUGGGUUUGUGGGCAGCUCUGCGUGGUCCCUGACCAAUGUGUGUGCAUAAUGGUGACAUGGGCAGGGCUGUGCAAGGCAUUACCCCUGAGCAUGCAGUUCAUCAUCAGUGAGAUUUGCUGUGGGAAAGCACUAGUGACCUGUCCCCAGGAGCCUGCUUUGCCCAUGUGCCUGUGGCUGCAGGGUGGUGGAGGGGCUCAAUGGGCAAGCUGCUCAAAUGCAAGGGUCUUGUACAUGCUAAGCCCAUCUUGUGCUGCUGUGUGAACAGCAUCUCUCCCCUCAGUGGCCAUGCUCUCCCAUCCCUCCUGGGGGCUGUUUUCUCACCCUUGGGCUGUGGGAGAGCUGCAGCUUGUCAC